AUGGCUACCCGUGGAAAGCUUGAGGUGGAAAUUGACCUCAAGAGUAGUGCAGACAAGAUCUGGCAAACCAUUAGGGACUCUACUGAUAUUUUCCCAAAGGCCUUUCCACAUGAUUACAAAAGAAUUGACGUUCUUGAGGGUGAUGGCAAAGCUGCUGGUUCUAUCCGCCACAUAUCUUACGGUGAAGGUUCAACACUUGUGAAAAAUUCUGUGGAGAAGAUAGUGGCUGCUGAUGAUGAAAAGAAGACAGUGUCAUACGCUGUGAUUGAAGGGGAACUCCUGGAACACUAUAAAACGUUCAAGGGAGAGAUAUCUGUGACACCAGCUGGUGAAGGAUGUGAGUUGAAAUGGAGUGCAGUGUACGAAAAGGUUAGCCAUGACAUUUCUGAUCCAACCCUGGUCAAAGAUUUUGCAGUGAAGAACUUCCUAGAGGUGGAUGCUUAUGUUCAAGCAAAGGCAUAG